UUCUUUUUGUUCAUAGUCUUUUUCUCUCUUCUCUCUAUGUCCCAUCUAGGAAUUAAAGUUUUCUUUCCUCUAACAAUGGAGUCACAAGUACACUCUCUAUUGCAAUUUUUGCAAGUUUCUAUAGGCUACUUUCUCUUCUCUUUUGCCAUUGCCUUCUCUAUUUUCUCUAUUUUGCUUUUCUUCUUAAGACACAAGUUUUGGUGUACUUGUGACAUUUGCCAUUGUUACAUAACAUCUAGUUGGAGAAAAGAGUUCACUAAUCUUGUUGAUUGGUAUGCUCAUCUUCUCCGAAAUUCGCUAUCUCAAACUAUUCAUAUCCAUGUUUUAGGUAAUAUAAUCACAGCCAAUCCAAGAAAUGUUGAGUACAUGCUUAAAACUAAGUUCUUGAAUUACCCUAAAGGCAAGCCAUUUUCAAUUAUUCUUGGUGAUCUUUUAGGGGAUGGAAUUUUCAAUGUAGAUGGAGAUUUAUGGACAUUUCAAAGGAAAAUGGCUAGUCUUGAACUUGGUAGUAUGUCCAUUAGGUCUUAUGCAUUUAACAAUGUGAAAAAUGAGAUCAAAUUCCGGCUUUUACCACUUUUAUCCUCUAUAGCUCAAGAAGAUUUUAGAGGGACAAGUUUGGAUUUACAAGAUGUUUUUAGAAGAUUUUCUUUUGAUAAUAUAUGUAAAUUUUCUUUUGGUUUAGACCCUGGUUGUCUUGAAUUAUCCCUUCCCCUUUCACAUUUUGCUUUAUCUUUUGACUUAGCAACAAAAUUGUCAGCAGAGAGGGCAAUGGCAGCAUCACCAUUGAUUUGGAAGAUCAAAAGGCUUUUGGACAUUGGAACAGAGAGAAAAUUAAGAAAAGCCAUUGAAAAUAUUGAUGUUCUUGCAAGGGAAGUCAUAAGGCAAAAAAGAAAAUUGGGCUAUUCUAAUCAUCAAGAUCUUUUAUCAAGAUUCAUGGGUAUUAUUGACAAUGAAAAAUAUUUAAGAGACAUUGUGAUAAGUUUUAUUUUGGCGGGGCGUGACACAGUGGCGUCUGCUCUAACAAGCAUAUUCUGGCUGUUAACGAGUCACCCUGAUGUUGAAUUACGAAUCCGGGAAGAAUUGAGUCGAGUUAUGCGACAAGAUCAAGAUUUCUUGAUGUUUGAGCAAAUAAAUCAAAUGCAUUAUUUAAAUGCAGUGAUUCAUGAGAGCAUGAGGCUAUAUCCACCAGUGCAAUUUGAUUCAAAAUUUGCUUGUGAAAAUGAUUCAUUACCAGAUGGCACAUUUGUGGCUAAAAAUGCAAGGGUAACAUACCAUGUGUAUGCAAUGGGAAGGAUGGAAAAUUUAUGGGGCCAAGAUUAUAUGGAUUUCAAGCCAGAACGUUGGCUAAAAAAUGGUACAUUUUUGCGAGAAAGUCCUUUUAAAUACCCUGUUUUUCAAGGUGGAGUUAGGGUGUGUUUAGGCAAGGAAAUGGCACUAAUGGAAAUGAAGUGUGUAGUGGCUUCUAUGUUACAACACUUCGAUGUUCGGGCCGUGGCGGCCGGCGGUGAUCUCCGGUUUGAUCCGGGGCUGACGGCCACCAUGAGAGGCGGGCUUCCGGUGGUGGUCAGGUGGAGGAGGGGCCUUUUGAAUUUUUCUAGCUAGUAACAUGGCCACGAAUAUGGUUCAAAUUGGAGAUAUUGGCUUUAGGUCUUAAUAUUUUUCACGUGGGUAUGUUGCAUUUUGCAUACAUUGGGCAAGGUUGUCUAAGAAUAGAAACAUCCCAUUUUCGGUAGAUGAAAGUGGUGUCAAUGCACACUAGGACAAGGUUGCACCUAUGUCCCCGCCUAUGAAUUAUGAUAAUCCUAGAGGAAUAUUUUUACUACUAUUGUUGGGAAUUGUUUUUUUCCUCUUAAAUUAUACAUUAAUGCUAUCAGCUCUCUUCAUGGAA